UCCAUCAAGAUGAAGAUAUUGAUUUGUACAGGUUUAUUGGCAGUUUUAGGUAUUGUCACGGUAUAUUCGACACAAUGUACAGAAGAUGCUAAGGAAUGUCAGGCCGCCUGGAACAAUACUCUUCCAAAGAUUGGUACAAACAAAACAGCUAAAUGCGAUGCUCUUGUGUUGGAAUAUGAAUGUUUGAGAUUAACCGAGAAGGACUGUAUAGCAACAGAUGCAGCUACAAUUCAAUAUAUCCUGAAUAAUGAAGUGAUUCCAAUAAUGAUAUUAGAUUGUCCAGAACAGUUAUGUAAAGCGGAAAUACUAGGCUGUGUUAACCAAUGGAAAAGUAAUACUACAGCUGAUGGCGAUAAUCUUCCCGCUAAAUGCAGAGAUGCUGCAGCGUACGAGGCGUGCUUAAAUGGUAUUCAAGAUUCCUGUACGGAUCAACAAAGAGCUCAAAUAUUGUCAACACUGAAUAUGCUGAGACCACAGAUAAAUAAAGCUUGUAAAAAUGAAGAUUGUUCAGUACAAAUUAAUACAUGUGACACUGCAUGGAAGGCGGCGUUAUCAAAUACAGGGGAUGGUUUAAUGCGUACUUGCAUUGCAAAUGAGGGACUUGAGGUAUGUUUAGAGCGUAUAGAGGUAGAGUGCAAUCCUGCUGAAAAAGUUCAGUUGCAACAACUCUUAGAUGCGACAAUACCAAUAAUUAAUUCAAAAUGCCAAGGUCAAGGAUGUGCCCCGAAGCUUUUCCAAUGUACAGAUAACUGGAAUAUGACCAUAAUGAGUGCUACUGAUUUAACUCAAAAAUGCAGUGCCGACAACAAGUACGAAACAUGUUUAAAGGCAACUAAAGGUUUGUGUAACGCCGACGAAAAGGCUGCAAUGGACAAAGCUAUGAGCGAAGUUGGGCCAUAUAUAACACAGCAUUGUGGAGGGGGUAUGGAUGUUAAACCCUGGACAAUAACUGUGUUUUUAAUGGCUGGUGUCGUGUUGAUGAAAUGGUACCUAUAAAUAACCCCAAACCGAACAUUUAAUUUUGAUAAUCCUUAGACUGUCUUUCUUGUGUUAAAUGCGUUUGUUCGGGAACAAGAUGGCCGAUGUCUCUUAUGGCUGAGAUAUAUACUAUAAAUAGUUUCUGCACACCAUGGAUGACAAAUCACAAUUUCGCUUGAACACAAUCACUAAAAACCAAACGAUAUAUAUUUCUGGCGAACAUUUUAUUUCUGUGUCCCUAUUCUCAAUAACUAAACUAUUUAAGAAUACGGUCGUUUCAUUGGCUGAAAGCUAAAAUAUAUACGAGGAAUUUAACCCUCAACCAAUGAAAACACAGCAUUCUUAAAAUAUUUUAAUUUAAGUUUUCAUGAAUAAAGUCCCUGAUUUAUCUCCCUUGUAGCACAAUAAUACAAAGUUGUAGAUUAGUGAAAUAUCUUCACAUUUAGCUAUAUGAAACGUUGCUUGACUACGUUGAGAGAACCCCCAAUGAAACGUCUCUUUAAUUAAUAUAGUAAUUGUGUGCCCAAUUACGUUUUUGUGUUUAUUAUGUAAGUAGUAGAUCAUUUGGAGUUUGGGGGACAAGGGUGCAUGAGGAUGUGAUGGGGUCAUACUCAUAACACAAAAACAUAAUAUGGAACACAAUUACUAUUUUAUUUAAAGCGACGUUUCAUUGGGGGUUCUCUCAACGUUUUCAAGCAAAUGAUAGUAAUGGUGUUCCAUAUUAUUUUUUUUUUGUGUGUUUAUUACGUGUGUCAAUUGCUAAAUGCCGCUCAAAGAAGACUUACUUAAGUGAUUACUUUUUAUACGGGUGUCUUAUUUGCGAGAUAUUUGAUAAAGAUGACCGCAUGAUUUGUGGGCACAAGCAAACUUUCGAUUUGUAAUCCGUGGUGAGAGGAUUCCGGUAAUAAUUAUGCGUAUUAUAUAAUGAAAUGAUACCAAAUUGUACAUUUGGUAUAUGACGUUAUAAUAUUUAUAUUGACUGACAGCAGGUGUACAUAGAA